UAUACGGCAACGCAGCGAAAGGAAUGAAACACUAAUCCUCUAUCAAACACCUUAAACAAGUUUAAGGCAAGUUAACGUGCAACAGGUAUCCACAGGCCAUCCCUACAGCUCGACUUGGUCCCAUUCUCCUCUUUCUCCCACCAGCUCACACAAUGGCCGAAGAAGAAGAAGAAGAAUUCACUUUUAAGACUGCGGGCUUCGAUGCUAGAUUUCCCAAUCAAAAUCAAACAAAACAUUGUUUCCAAAACUAUGUGGAUUAUUUUCGCUGCAUUAAGGCAAAAGGAGAAGAUUUUAUUCCGUGCAAACAGUUUUGGCAAGCCUAUCACUCGCUAUGUCCUUCAGAUUGGACCGACAAAUGGGACGAGCAACGCGAGAAUGGGACAUUCCCUGUUCCAAUAUAACUUCAUAAGUAGCUGAAUCUGUUUUUAAACGACAAUUUAUGUUGUUUUUCAGUGUCUUCCAUUAAGGUUAUUCUUUUUCUCUCGACCGAUGCGCGUCGGCGCGCGCGAAAGCGAGUUAGCGUUGAUAUGACGUAGUAAUGAUUACUCUAACAUCAUCCCU